AUGACAGCUGUUAAAGAAGAGGGCAUAUCCGAGCAUCCAGCUAAUUUUCUUUCGAAAAGGGUUGACGAGGAUGUUAAAAAGCAGCUAUUAAUGACCCCUCCGGGAUUAUUGAUCGAAAAUCCCGCUUAUAAAGACGUGCUUCAGCGAAUCAGAUCAAAUUUCAAGUUUUGUUAUAUUAUUCAGUGGCUGUAUUUAAUGAAGCAUCUUAUUAGGCUGAGUGAUGCGUUUGAUGUUGAAAACUUCGAAGAAGAGCUAACAGGAAUUGCAGAUCCGCCUGUUUUUCUAAACAGCUUCAAAACUAAACUGAUUCAAUACCUUGGAAAUUACAAAAUGAAGUCGGUCCAUAACGAGUUUGCAUCUGAAGUGGCGAGAUUCUUCAUUAAGGAAGAAAAGAAGGAACAAAUUGCAAAUGGGGAUGGCACGGAAAAUUCGAAAAGCAAAUCGGAAACUCCUCCAAAUGAGUGGACGGACUAUGAUACUCUUGAUUUGGAUGGAAAAAUUGACAUUUUGUAUCAGUUGGUUCAGAAGGCAAAUGAAAAAAGCCCAGAUCAUUUUCGAAAAACUGUUAUGAAGUAUGAAGAUAGUGCGGAUGAUAUGAGAAUCAUACCCAUUUUGGAAACAACAAAUGAUAACGGAGAAAGAGAGGAAUAUUUCAUGUUGAAAGAUGCAAGACUCUACUAUCGAAAAUGGGAGUUUAAGAGAAUGGAGGUGCCAGUGAGCAAAAGAGAGUUUGAGGAGCAGUUAUCAGGUGAAUUAAUUGAGGACUAUUACUCAGACUUUGAGCCCAAACUGGUAUCCUGGAAGUGCUUGACUGCAGGAAUAUAUGAAUUUGAUAAGUAUGUCCAGGAGAUGAGAGACAAGGCUGGCAGAAAUAGAAGAUGCCUGGAGUACAAACUUGGCGUAAAAUUGAACGGAUGCUAUGAACAGGUGAUUGACCAUGAUUUGCGGAAAAGAAAGCAAGCAUUGCACCGGAAGAGAGAAGUGAAAAUGCAAUAUCUGUUGGCUCACAGGAAAAGAUCUUCUAGAAUUGUCGAAAUGGAACAGAAAAAAAAGGAAAGGGAGCGGAGGAGAAAAGAAGAAGAGGAAAGACAGAAACAAGAGGCUGCCGAGCGUCGGUUAGAAAGACGUAGAAGAAUGAAAGAACGUCAAUAUGCACUGGCAGAGGCUAAAGCUCGGGAAAGAGAGCAGGAAAAAUUAGAGGCUAGAACAUUGGCAACGGUCACCGUUAGAUCGAGAUCCAGAUCAAGAACGCGAACCCGAUCUGGGGUCUCAUAUCCUAUACAGCAGAAUGUAACAGUGAAGUCUGAAAAACACGGAGGAGGAAGAGGCAGGAAAAGAAAAAGAGUAGAUGAUACAAAAGUUGGAAAGCAUGAAAAGUGGCAGUUCGAUUGCCUAUGUGGAGUGAAGCAGAAGAAUUACGAUGAUGGCAAAAAAAUGAUAGGUUGUGAGAAAUGCAAGAGAUGGCAACAUUAUGAGUGUCAGUCAGAAAAGAUCAGAAAGUCGAUCGACGAGGACUCGAAUUACAAGUUUACAUGCUCGUACUGCAGGAAGGAAGCGAAGGAGAAGGCCGAAAGGAAGAGAGAAAAGCAUAUGAAGGUUAUCGAACGACAUGCAGAGAAGGAAAUUGCGGAAUUGGAGGCUGAGUUUGCAAGAAAUGAAAAGUUUCAGACUUCAUCAUUUGAUUACAAACUCGGGAAACCAAUUGCACCCUAUUCUUUUGAAAAGGCUCAGACUAUGCUUCAACUAACAAUUCCAGAGGCGGGAAAGCCAAGAAUUGAUGCUUUGAAGUCUGAAUUGCCAAAUACUAAGAUAGAAGUUCAGGAGCACAAAUUCGUGAACAAUGGUAUUAAAUCUAACAACACUCUGACAGACUCUCAAGAUGAUGGACAAGGUUUAUCUCAGUCGGAAGUUAAGAAGUCUAUGGAAGUUGAAAAGUUGAAUCAACAAGACUAG